ACAACUUCCGCCGUUGACGUCACUGUUGUCAGCAAAAAUGGCGGCGUCGUGUGUGCGAACCGUGGCACCGUUUCUUGGAAAAUGUCGGAAUUACAGCUCGAGUGUAAACAAAGUCACGUCUCAGUUAAGCCGACAGGUUCUGAGCAGGCAGAUAUGUGUGAGCUCUGCCCUCCACAGAAAGAACCUGGCGGCUGCAGGGCCAGAGAAGUUCACAGUGGAGUUCAUCCAGAAGCAGAUGGAGGAGUUUAAUAUCGGGAAACGGCACCUGGCUAACAUUAUGGGAGAAGACCCCGAGAACUUCACGCAGGAGGACGUAGAUAGGAGCAUCGCCUACCUCUUCCCCUCUGGCCUGUUUGAGAAGAAAGCUCGGCCCCUCAUGAAGCAUCCAGAGGAAAUAUUUCCAAGGCAGAGAGCGGUCCAGUGGGGAGCGGACGGACGGCCGUUCCACUUCCUGUUUUACACCGGCAAACAGUCCUACUACUCCCUGAUGCAUGAAAUGUACAACAAAAUCCUGAACAUAGAGAAGUACCAGGAUCGCCUGAGAGCCAAGGGACUCUUCUCCCGGGACGUCAAGCAGAUCUCUCUAGGCACAAGCAGGUGGCUCACAAAGGAGGAGCUGGAGGCGCUGCUGGUGGAGACCAUCUCCACGCAUGACUAUGAUCGCUUCAUCCAGCUGAUGGAGCGUCUGCUGUCCAUGCCCUACUGCGCCACAGAGCAGGAGUUUGUCCUGCGGUACCGCCGGCAACUGGAGGCCCAGUCCAGGAAGCAAAUGGUCCCACUGCUAGAGAGAGAUGAGCGGGGCGUGUCCUUCAGCACCUCAGAGGGUCGGAGGAAGACGUCUAACUCCUCUGUGGUUCUUCGAGACUGCGGCUCCGGACGCAUCACCAUCAACAGCCAAGACUACCUGCACUACUUCCCAGUACUGCAGGACAGAGAGCAGCUGAUGUUCCCGCUGCAGUUCAUGGGCAUGCUGGGACGCUUUGACCUGGAGUGCACCGUGAGCGGCGGCGGGCGGUCCAGCCAGGCGGGGGCGCUGCGGCUCGCCAUCUCCCGCGCCAUCCUCAGCUUCCUGUCCGAGGGAGAGGUGGAGACCAUGAGACAAGCUGGUCUGCUGACCCCCGACCCGAGAGUGAGGGAGAGGAAGAAGCCGGGCCAGGAGGGAGCGAGAAAGAAGUUCACCUGGAAGAAACGCUGAGAAGGCGGAUCACCUCACCUGAACUCUAAUAUGAAACAUUCACACUGACAUCUGGUUAUCAACGUGCCCCCAUUGGAAGUGAUUCUUCAUCUUUUUCCAAGAGGCCACAUUACUUGUGUAGUUUAUUUAAGCUCUUGGAAGAGCAAACAGCUAGAUGUCUUGUUUCAAGAGGCAGCCCUGACUCAACGAGCUGCAAUGAGUUGCUUCAGCCACCAGAUGGAAGUGUGUGUCAAGGAAUACAUGAAAGUGGAAUACAUUUAUCAAUAUGCUGAAACAAUAAAUACUGUUUUUCACAUAAAAAUA